CAGAGAUCUCAAAAUUAUUCUUAUUUCCAUCUAGGUGUUUCCUCAGCAACCUGGGACACCAGGCAUGGCUAGUUUGAGCCUGGAGACAAUGAGACAGCUGGGAAGUUUGCAGGGACUAAACAUGCUUUCUCAGUAUUCAAGAUUUGGUUUUGGAAAAUCAUUUAAUUCUUUGUGGAUGCAUGGUCUCCUCCCACCACAUUCUUCCUUCCCAUGGAUGAGACCAAGGGAACAUGAAACUCAACAGCCAUCCCUGCAGCCCCAACAGCCAGGACAGAAACCCUUCCUCCAGUCCGCUCUUGUGACUGACGUCCAGGACACAGCCCCGAAGGGAGGACCUCAGCCUCCGGUUUACCAGGGACAACCGCCCUUGCAGCAAGCAGAAGGGCCGAUGGUCGAACAGCAGGUGGCGCCAACAGACAAGCCACCAAAAGCCGAGCUACCAGGAAUGGAUUUUGCUGAUCUGCAGGGUCCAUCGGUGUUCCAAAUAGCCCGUUUGAUAUCUCGGGGACCAAUGCCACAAAAUAAACCAUCACCACUUUAUCCGGGAAUAUUUUACAUGUCCUAUGGAGCAAAUCAACUGAACACUCCUGCCAGACUUGGCAUCAUGAGUUCAGAAGAAAUGGCGGGAGGCAGAGGAAGCCCCAUGGCCUAUGGAGCCAUGUUCCCAGGAUUUGGAGGCAUGAGGCCUAACCUUGGAGGGAUGCCCCACAAUCCAGCUAUGGGUGGAGACUUUACUCUGGAAUUUGACUCCCCAGUCGCCGGAACCAAAGGCCCUGAGAAGGGAGAAGGAGGUGCCCAAGGCUCCCCUUUGACUGAAGUCGACCCAGCCAAUCCAGAAAACCCAGCUCUCCUUCCAGAGGUAGCACCUGGUGCCCUGGGAGGGCUUCUUGCUCAUCCAAAGGGCAACGACCCCAACAUGGCAAGAGGCCCAGCUGGGCAGAGUGGGGGACCCCUCAGGGUCACCCCAGCAGACGCUGACCCACUGAUGACCCCUGGAUUAGCUGAUAUUUAUGAGAACUACAGUGCUGAUGUGACCACACCUCUGGAAGAAACGCCCACAGAUACCACAGCGACCCCAGACACUCAGCAAACACUGAUACCAGAAAACAACGCACAGCAGCCCCAGAUUAUGCACGAUGUGUGGCAUUUCCAAGAGCCCUGAGAGCCUGGAGAUUAUCAGCUACCUUCUGUAUGCACAAGCUCCCCAGCUUUGUCCCCAUAGUAUAUCUUUUUGCUAACACACUUUCUACCCUUCUGCAGCAAAGGCAUUGAAAAUGCUAAGCAUAUAUUAAUAAAUAUAAGUGGCUAGAAAUAGUGUAGGUCCCCUUUUUGCUUUCACUCUCUUACUGAAAUAAAAUGUGUCGACCGUCUCUGUGAUUUAGAAACACUAUUAAUGACAUUAGAGCAAGUCUAAGGGUCUCUGCAUUGGAAAAUCACUGUUUCUCAGCUGUCUUUGGUAUUACAGAAUUUCUCUAACUAGCAUGACACUGUUAUAUCCAGGAAAUGUGACAUUGCUUCGGAAAUGUUUCUCUAGGCAAAGGCACAUAUUUGCAGAAUUAUGAGAUAUAUCAUUCAAACAUUAGUAAACAGGGAUUGGUGAGCAAUCCCUGACUGGUAUUACUGGGUUUGGUAUAU